UUUCUCAUAAAUCAAAUAUUGACUCUACUAAGUAUUAGUCACAGGAAAGAAAAUAAAUCAAUUUGGUUCUUUACCUGUUUGUAAAUUACUAAUGAGAUAAAAAAUAAAAUAAAGGAAAAAGUAAACUCAGAAUCACUUUUCAAGAACAAAAACUUAUAAAAUGUAUUGAGAACAAAGUAGAAAUGUUUAAGUAAAGUAAAAAAUACCACAAUAGUAAAAGAAUAAAGGAAAAAUGGGAAUUAUCAAGAAGGAAGGAAGUCGUAUUUUUUCAGAAUAAAGUUGAAAUUUCGCAAGAUAAAUGUCUUUAAAAAGUCAAAACUUUUCGAUAAAAGGAGAGUUAAUAAUAAAAUAUAAUAAAGAGCUGUAAUGCUCUCUUGAUACUUGUAUUUGAUACAAAUUACAGCAGUUUUUGUUUUGUUUUGUUUUUUUACAAAACAAUGUUUUGUUUUCUAAUGCCAAAAAACCCCACAUCUUUACCAAAAUUUCUUCAGAUAAAAAAAAAAAGUUAUCGAAAAAUAAUUAAGGCUACUAUUUUAGAAAAGUGACGAUAUUUAAAUUUCCUUCUUCGGUGUUAAGGAUUUUAUUUUGAAAGGUCAUUUAAGAACUAGCAGGGUCCGACGUGGGCGCAUGCGCACUGCCAUAUGCAAGACGUUAGCAGAGCAGUAGCCGCGCAAGUCCACAGUCUAAAUAAGAAAAGCGGAGAUUUUGCGCUAAGUAUUUGUUCUGAAAUGUUUCGCAGGAAACUGACUGGGCUAGACUACCACGACCCGAACGGAUUUGACUGCUCAGAUGAAACCCAAUUCAGGAACUGCAUUGUGUGGCUGGAGGACCAGAAGAUCCGACACUAUAAGAUCGAGGACAGAGGCAACCUUAGGAACAUCCCCAGUUCAGACUGGCCCAAAGCUUAUGAGAAGUACCUGCUGGAUCUGAACUGUCCCUUUGGAGUUCAGGAGAAGAAGGAGGCCCUGGACUGGCUGCUGGGUCUGGCUGUACGCUACGAAUAUGGAGACAAUGUUGAAAAGUAUAAGAACUGUCGGCCGCUGGACACGUCCGCUAACAGCGAUAAGGCCGUGGAUCCUCUCCUCAACCUCGACAGUAACUCCCCAGAUUUUAAAGCAGGAGUCACAGCAUUGGCCAACAUCCUCAAAAUACAGCGGCAUGACGAUUACCUGGUCAUGCUAAAGGCCAUCCGUAUCCUGAUCCAGGAGAGACUUUCACCAGAGGCCAUUGCUAUGGCCAGCCAGAACAGAGAGGGUGUUCCGGUCGCUUUGGACAAACACAUUCUGGGUUUCGACACUGGAGACGCGACCCUGAACGAAGCGGCCCAGAUUCUGCGCCUGCUGCACAUCGAGGAGCUGCGGGAGCUGCAGACGAAGAUCAACGAGGCCAUCGUCGCCGUCCAGGCCAUCAUAGCCGACCCCAAGACGGACCACCGGCUGGGCAAGGUCGGCAGAUGAGAGGCCAAGGUCACUGGAGUUGAUUUGCAGAGAAAAGCAACUUUUUUUUUUUUGUUCAAAGACAUCUGAAGGAAAUGUUUUUUUUCAGUUGUUGCAUGAGAUGGGCCAAUUUGGACAAACUGAGCAAAGGUCCAAGUUUCAGAGGCAAAGAUUUGUUUUCUUAAAGAAGGGAAACUGUUGUUGUAGUUCUGGUACAGAAAUGAAAUUCCUCAAAAGUGGACGAUUGUGUUGAACUCUGAUAGUUUGUUUAUUUUUUGAAUAAAUGUUCAUCCUGAGGCGGUCAAAAUCA